UGUUUCUAUCGACUACACCCUAUUUACACGAACGGUUACCUAAGCUAUAAUAUUGCGCACUAUUUUCAACGCCAUGUACCAACUUAAUGAUAUAGUUUACGUUAGUUUAGGCUGGAACGGUUCGCCCAUGAAGGCCACAGUCAUUACUUGUCUAGGUGAAGACUACCUUAUAGCUUUUGGAGAUAGCGAAUCCUUUCAGAAUCUUUGUUGUUUCCGGGUUUCUAAACAUUGCCUUUCCCCACACAUCUUAAGAAGUUCCUCAACGGAAGACGAGAGGAAUAAAGAAAAGCAUGAAACUGUGUCUAACGGAGGAAAUUGGAACUUCGUCCCGCAGUCUCAAUUAUUGGGUUUUAAAAAUAUGAAUUCUUUUUACCAAGAGAUCACGUGCUUUGCCAAACAUCCUUUUGACGCCGGUUUUGCCUGUUCCGCUGCUGCUGACUUUUUUUUUGGUGAAGUAAGGAGCACUUCAGAGGAAGGGGGCGCCUGCCAAGGAGCUUCGUUAGUUGCUAAUAAUAGUAUCAGUAAAGCUGAUCUCAACAGCUCUUUAGUGACGGGCUAUGAAUACACCCAUCCUUUUCAGAGUGAAAGAGAGAACAACAGCGCCUCUAUUAAAGUACACCAUAAAAGCGAAACUUUUUUAGAAAAAAAAAAUAAUGCCGAAGAAUUUAAGAUUCUGUUCAAAGAAGUUCUCGCUCAACAAUUUGUAUUAUAUAAAUGGGCGGGCGCCAGCGUUAAGUACUGGAGCCAACUACUUACUCAAGCGGGUAGGGACAGCUGGACUAUCUUAACUAUCUUAAACCCAGAGAAUGCAGCCUAUGCUGCUUUAUUACCUCAAAAUCUUCGCAGGUUUCUUAUUCACGAGCGCGUAGAGGAGUCUCGUGAUAUCAACUUUUCUGAAAAGACUCUUUCUAUUGCUAACGGUAAUUAUGAGACCGCUGCUGGGAAUGCAAGGCUUUUAAACCAGUUUGGAUUACUGUUUACUUUUGGUCCCAAACUACUUUUCAGCAGCAGCUCUGCCAGCUCUCGUAUACUUAAACUUGCCCAAGCUCGAAUAGAGCGCAAGACGGCAACAGUUAUUGCGCCCUCAGCAUCUACCUCCGAAAGUAACGAGAAAUGCUUAAAAGAAACGCAAAAGGGUUGUGGAAGCGGAAAAGAAUUAAGGCCUCUUUCCUUUUCUAUGAUACGACGAACUGUCUCCCAACCGUUCAAAAGAAAUUAAAAAUAUGCAAAUGUUAUUAAAAAGACCGGGCUCUCAAGUUUUGGAAGACCACAGUCACCCGGUUG